GCACGCCUUGGCUGAUUUCCCGCCAUUCCCGCCCUGUGCUGUUCAGCAGUGCACGCAGAACCUAUUUUCCCUGCGGAAAGCAGGGUCUCAGAGGGUCUAGGCGAGCUGACUGAAAUGUCAGGUCAGGAUGGUGUCAACAGACGUGGAAGCUGAUAGGAGUGUGGAGGAGACAGUGUUGAACAGGCCCAGUGAUGAUGCAGAAACACCAGCCAGCCUUGAUACCAUUGAGGAGCAAAGGCCAGUUAAACAGUCACUGAGUGCAUCUAUGCGCCGUGAGACACACUGGCGCUGUCUCCUCCUCUCUUUGCUCAUGUACAGCUGCCUGGGUGCUGUGGGCUGGUGCCAAUUAACUCAAGUCACCAAACUGACCUUUGAUUCCUCCAGUACCUCAUCCUUGACCGCCUCUGUAAACUCGCUACGAGGUGGAGGAGGGCGCUCAAUGAUAUAUCACGACAGCCCCUGCUCUGACGGAUACUUCUACAUUCCACUUGCCUUUCUACUAAUGCUCUACGCAGUCUACUUAAUGGAGUGUUGGCACUGCCGUGCCCGCAGUGAGCUCCAGUACAAAGCCAAUGUGGACAGUGUCUAUGAAAGGGUGCUACGCAUGCGUCAAGCUCGGCCUUGCGUGUGGUGGAAAGCCAUUGGCUACCAUUUUGUACGAAGGACACGGCAAGUCACUCGCUAUCGGAAUGGAGACGCCUACACCACUACGCAGGUUUACCAUGAGCGUGUCAACACACACAUGGUGGAAGGUGAGUUUGAUUACAGCCGUUGUGGAAUGAAGGACAUCUCACGGGACCUACGUGGCCUGGAGAGUCAUCCAGCUACAAGGUUACGCUUCACCAAGUGCUUUAGUUUCGCAGGACCUGGACCUGAGAAUGUCUAUCUUAACCAACGGUCCAGAUUCUUCUCAGAAACUGAGGGCAUGGACGACUACAUAGAGGCACGGGAAGGCAUGCAGCUGAAAAAUGUUGAUUUCAAAGAACACCUUAUAGUCUAUGUGGAUCCUGACCAGCUACCCUGGUACUCUUCUCAGGUUGCGUUUUGGUUGGCUGCCGUCCUCAUGUUAUCCUGGCCACUGCGAGUUUGGAUAGAGUAUAGAACAGCCUAUGUACACUACCAGGUAGAAAAGCUUUUUGGGCUGGAGUACAACAACAGGAGCCCAUCCUCAGACGAGCGUCCAUCUACAAGGAAUAGUCGUUGCAGUAUCCCAAGAGGGGAAACAGUAGACAGCACUGAGCUGGAAUGGCACAUUUGCUCAAACCGUCAGCUUAUCCCUAGCUAUUCUGAAGCCAUGCUGCUGAACUUGGGGAAUUCUCGGCCAGAACAAGGUGACAUCAGAGCGUCAAACCGCUUCCUUUUAGAUGACUCACUAACACAGAGCUAUGGCACAUUGCUACAGGACUGUGACCGUUGCUGCCAGCUUGAAGGAACGCACCGGGCCACCACCAGCUCUAGUUGCUCUUCCAUUUUUUCUAGGCACACUUUCCAUUCAUGUGUGUCUCAAGACACCUCCCAUUUUUCACUGUGCAGGAUGUAUGGGUCAAGGCACACAGUGGGGCUGUGGAGGAGUCAUAGCAGCACACUGACUGAACGAUGCUGCCUGGAUGAGCAGUGCUGCAGGUCGCACUCUAGCCAACUAACACUUAAUAAUAGCCCGCCUAACUAUCAGGACGCCCGCUUUUUCCCAGUCCUUAUUGUGCACAGAUCCGAGGGGGGUGGAGAGCCUUCGGAAAUGAGGAGAUACUAUGUCCGUAGAGGUUCCCUCUGUGAUGAGACUUUCCUUUAGGACUAUAUGCACUCUAUGGCUUUACUGAUCAAAAAUAAUGAUCUGAAAGAAGUUCAGAAUUAUUGCCUUAGUUCGCCUGGGAGGGAAAUAUGCAAUUACAGUCUGUAUACUGAAUGUGAUUGAAACGAAAGUGCUUGAUGUAAAUGAUAAACAGACAAAAGGCCUCAAAGUCAUUUGAACAUACAUGUAUAGAAAUAAAUAAACAUUUGCAUCACAAGUUGUACAAGUUGUUUUAACGUACAAGUUGAAUGGAACUGCGUGCUGCGUACCCCAUUGCUGGCACAUGCAUUGGAAUAUCAAAUCAUCAAAGAAGAACGGACUGAAAACACAUUGAGAAAAGUAUGUAAUAAUUAAAGGAACAUUUAUACAUAUACCAAACACGCUGGAAGUUUAGAUUUCACACACGUCACCUUCACUUUAAAAGGUUCAAUAUUCCCUAUAUCAUUUACACUACCAUAUACCUUUUUGUGUUUGCUGGCCAUAAUGGAAGCCACAAUGCAACAGACAUUUUCUUGAAAACCAAAUUUCAAAAAGAUUUGCAAGGGAGCUGCUGUGAAUUUGUUUUCUUUGUACUACUGUAUAGAUUAUUUUUUUAUUAUUAUUGCUUUUAUUUUGAUGAAAUACAUGUCCAAGAUGCAAACAUGUAAUAUUAUUUAACUUUUGUUUUAAUAUAACAACUUUUGUUAUAGAUUUGAAUUAUUUAAUAUGCAAAAUGAAAACCAAAUUUCAUAUGGGUGAUCAUUAAAAAAUCACUGACAACUGACAGCAGUUAUUUUUACAGUAAGUUUCAAAGCAAUAUUUCAAAAACUGUGUUGUAAAGUUGUCGUUUUUUUAAACAGUUGUUAGAUUUUAAAUUCUGAUCAAUAA